GGGAAAGCUAGGGCGGGUGAGGCCUUGAAACCGGAGGAUCUCCACUAGAGAGUGAACUCUGAGAGCACCGGGAGAGAGGAGGGACGCAGAAUCGGGCAGCGGAGCGGGAAGAAAGGAGGAGAUCGAAGAGCGCGAUGGAUCGAUUGGCCGAGAAUCGGCGAAUGUGUGUUCUCCUUUGCAUUGUGAUGCUGUUCGCAUCAUUUCAGUGGGCUUCUUCGGCGAUCGAAGACGGUUCUCUUGAAAACGGCGAUUUUGAGGCGAUCCCGCCCGGCGGGUAUCCCAGCGUCGGCACGGGAGAGGGUGCCGCCGCCAUCCCCGGCUGGGAGAUCAACGGCACUGUCGAGGUCGUUCGCUCGGGCCAGCGCCAAGGUGGCAUGAUCCUCAUCGUUCCCCAAGGUGAGCACGCGGUCCGGCUAGGAAACGAGGCCGGGGUGAGCCAGGACGUGGCGGUGGAGAAGGGCUCCACCUAUGCCGUGACGUUCAGUGCGGCUCGCACUUGUGCGCAGCUUGAGUCACUCGACGUAUCGGUGGCCGCAGCGUCUUCCCAGACUGUUGAUCUUCAGACGUUAUAUAGUGUUGAGGGCUGGGAUACUUAUGCUUGGGCCUUCCUGGCCGGCAGCUCCGUCGGACACGACGGCGACGAUGGGGAGACGGCGAAGUUGGCUUUCAGAAAUCCGGGCAUGGAGGAGGAUCCCACCUGUGGUCCCAUUAUUGAUAACAUUGCCAUUAAGAAACUCUUCGUCCCCGACCGCGCCGAAGAUAAUGCUGUCAUCAAUGGCGACUUUGAAGAAGGCCCAUGGAUGUUCAAGAAUGCGACCCUCGGCGUCCUCCUCCCCACCAAUUUGGACGAGGAGACCUCCUCCCUCCCAGGCUGGAUAGUCGAAUCCAACCGAGCGGUUCGCUAUGUCGACUCCGACCACUACACCGUCCCUCAGGGUAAGCGCGCAAUCGAGCUCCUCUCAGGCAAGGAAGGCAUAAUCUCUCAGAUGGUGGAGACCAAGCCAAAUAAGCAAUACAACCUGGUCUUCACAGUGGGCUCAGCAGGAGAUUCCUGCCAGUCUCCUUUAGCAGUCAUGGCAUUCGCAGGCGACCAGGCGGAGAAUUUUCACUUCGCUCCGCUUGGUAACGCGACUUCCAUGGCUGCUAAUGUCAGCUUCACCGCCAAGGCGGAGAGGACCAGGGUGGCGUUUUACAGCGUGUAUUACAACACGAGGAGCGAUGACCAUAGCUCGUUGUGUGGACCGGUUGUUGAUGAUAUUAAGGUUUUAGGGGUAUCGAUGGCUGCGAGCAGGGCGGGGGGGUUGAGUUUAGCGAUUAUGGCGAUGAUGGUGGUGGUUAGUAUUAUGGCGAUGGGGAUCUGAUCUGAUCAGUCUAUAGAUUUGGUGUUUUGCAGUUUGCUUUCUAUGCAGAAAGCAGUAAUAUAUAGGUUGAAAUGCGUUUUAUUGAGUGGGAGGAAGUAUAAAUUUAGUGGUCUUUGAGUAUUAAGUGUGCAUUUAAAGCUUGUGAGCAAGACAUUCUCUAUAGCUGUUAUUAAGGUGUUUCAGCCAAUAUUUAUCUUUUUUUUUUUUUU